GGAGUUGUAGUUCCUUGGCUGGAGGUUAAAGUCGGACUUGAUCGGGCCGCGGCCGUCCCUGCUGAGCGCCAGGACAGACUCAGAUUCUGAUGCUGGUACAGGUGCGCCGGACUUUCCUCAGCGCUCUGAGCUGGAGCCGGAGGCGAAGUGUGUCGGUUCAGCCCUCCAGAGGCAUGAGACUGGUCCAGUUUCAGGCCCCUCACCUCCCGGGGACCCGACUGGGGCUGGAGGAAGCCAGCGGCGGAGGCGUCAUCGACCUCAAUGCCUUCGACCCCGGUCUGCCCAAGACCAUGCGAGAGUUCCUGGAACAGGGAGAAGCCGCGCUGUCUGUGGCAAAGAGGGCCCUGGAGUCCGGGCAGCCAGCCCUGAAGCGGUCCGGCGUCACCCUCCUGUCGCCCAUCACUCGGCCAGACAAGGUGGUGUGUGUGGGCAUGAACUACGUGGACCACUGCCAGGAGCAGAACGCGCCCGUGCCCACAGAGCCCAUCAUCUUCAGCAAAUUCCCCAGCUCCAUCGUGGGCCCCUACAAUGACAUUGUGCUGCCCCCGCUGAGCACGGAAGUGGACUGGGAGGUGGAACUGGCAUUCGUGAUUGGGAAGGAAGGGAAGAACAUAAAGGCUGCGGAGGCCAUGAGCCACGUGGCCGGCUUCACGGUGGCCCACGACGUCAGCUCCCGGGACUGGCAGAUGAAGCGCAACGGGAAGCAGUGGCUGCUGGGCAAAACCUUUGACACUUUCUGCCCCCUGGGCCCCGCUCUGGUGACUAGGGACAGCGUAGCAGACCCUCACAAUCUGAGCAUCCAGUGCCGUAUCAACGAGGAGCUGGUCCAGAACAGCAACACCAACCAGAUGGUUUUCAAGACCGAGGCUCUGGUCGCCUGGGUCUCUCAGUUUGUGACCCUGUAUCCCGGGGACGUCUUCCUGACUGGGACCCCUCCAGGCGUCGGGGUGUUCAGGAAACCGCCUGUCUUCCUCAAGAAGGGAGACAAGGUCCAGUGUGAUAUUGAAGGGCUGGGGACCAUUGUCAACAACGUGGUGUGAAGCCAACGACUCCCGGCCCCAAACGCUGGAGGAUGGGACCGGUUCGCCAGCAGGCAGGCUCUCAGUGCCAGCCGGCUUCCACUGCCAGCUGGGCACUGCCCACUUCAGACUGGUCACCCUCGCCGCAAUCCCCAAUCAAGCUCAAUGGAAGACAAUAAACUCUUUUAAUAGUCA